AUGUGCGCUUUGUGUGAGGGGAAAGAGAACGUUUACACCCGUAUAGCGGAUCUGGAAUCCCAUGUGAAGAAAGUCCACCGAGAGGUAACAAUGAGCAAGGACCAGUUUACCAGGGCGAAUGGGUUUUACUUUGCCAAGUAUCCUGAGGACUACGCUAAAGUAGUUGACAACAUCAACCCUUACGACUCCAAGGCGGCCUAUGAAGCGAGGAAAGCCAUGAGAAGUUGGAGCGAUACAUUUUCGGACAAGCAAGCUAGGGGAGAUCAAUGGACGGCCGGUUGGAGGAAAGGAUUGGAGAUUUUAAGAGGUAUGGCGAAGAAGAGGGAAUCCAGGGAGCGGAGCGUGUCGCGAGACAAGAGGACCUUGGUUGAGAAAUCCGCAAGAACUGAAAGACAAGUGGUACGGGAAGAUAGCAGUUCGGUUGCUCAGUUGGAACAAGGCACAAGCUCGAAAGUAGCAGCUGAAGAAGACAGGCCAAAAGAAACUGAAAAGGGACUAAAACGUAGGAGGAAAGAGUCGGAAGGGGAUCAAAACUUUGAUCACAGGGACAACAUAGAGUUGGGUGAAGAAGCCGUUUCGGAGAGAAAUAUGGGCGCAGAUCGAGACAGGGUUGUUUCUCCAAGUGGUGAGAUAUCUUCCUCCUCCUCCUCCUCCUCCUCCUCAUCUUCCUCUUCAGCGUCGUCCUGCUGCUCAUCCGUGCUGGGUUCAAGCAGCAGCUUAAAAGGACAGAGCCUUCCGGAUUCUGAAGAAGGGCUGUAUGCCCAUGUGUCCGUCUGCGAAAAGGGACUGGUCAUUGGUCAAUGA